AUGGAAAAAGACAAUUUAACUGAGAACGCAAUACUGAAUUCUUCAUCUACGGAAAAGGAGGAGCAUUUACAUGAGGUUCAGAAAGAACACCAGGACAAGGAAAAUGUUUCUGAGAAGAACAUAGUGAAUUCUUCAACUGCAGAAAAGGAGGGAGAUACACCUGAUUCGCAGAAAAAUGAUCAGGAAAAGGAAGAUUCUUCUGAGAAAAAUACAGUUAAUACUCCAUCUGCUGAGAAUCUGGAGAGAAAGAAACUUGAUGUUCAGAGACAAGAUGAUGUGGAACCACUUAUGGAAGUAAAAUCGCUGAGCAUCAGGGAGGGAAGUCCUGAAGUAGAUAGUGAAAAGACUCUAGAUGACUUUAAUAAUAAGAUGGGUGAGAGUGCAGGGUUGGAGUCAGAAAAUGUUAGAGUAACAAACAAGAAUCUUGAGGAAAUUCUGUAUGAGGAGGAGGAGGCCGAGCCUGUAUUUGAUGGAACGGAGGUUUCUGGGAUGGAGGGUAACAGGAGUUCAUCUACCCGUUCUUUGGAUCUUGACUCAGAGACACAGGGACAUGCUUGGCCUGAGAAAGCAGUAGCCCUUACAAACUUCGUAAGGGAAAAGAGUGCUGUGGCGGUUUCUAGUGUUCUGCGUCGCCUUUCUGGGAAAAGUGAUGGUGGACAGGUCAUUCCUGAUGAAGAAGAUAACAACAAUAGCAACACUAAGGAGGUUGUGGAUUCUUCCAAAGAAAGUGAGGCCCAAGAAGCCUCUCAUAAAACAGUAGACAGAUCUGGGUGGAAUCCCCUUAGUUUAAUCGGGAUUUCGCGUGAUGCUAAUGCAGAAAACAAAGCUGAACAGAGGAAGGAUUUCAUCAACGAAUCAGCACUGCUCAUAGCCAUGAAAGGAAGAAUUAUAUUGUAUACGCGGUUAGGAUGCCAGGACUGCAAAGAGGCAAGGAUAUUUCUACAUCAGAAGAGGCUGAGAUAUGUUGAAAUCAACAUUGAUGUGUACCCUAAUAGGAAGCUGGAGUUAGAGAAGAUUGGUGGGUCUUCUGCUGUACCCAGAGUGUUCUUUAAUGAAGUCCUCAUAGGAGGGUUGACAGAACUGAAGGAAUUGGAUGGGUCUGGCAAGCUUGAUGAGAAGAUUGAGUUUGUAAUGACGGAAGGGCCAUCAUUUGAGGCUCCUCUGCCACCACUUUCUGGAGAAGAUGAUGUGUCCAGUAGUGGGGCUAUAGAUGAGCUAGCUGUUAUUGUUCGGAAAAUGAGAGAAUCUAUUGCUGUUAAGGACCGGUUUCACAAAAUGCGCAGGUUCACAAACUGUUUUCUAGGUUCAGAAGCUGUGGAUUUCUUGUCGGAAGAUCAGUACUUGGAAAGGGAAGAGGUGGUGAGAUUGAGAUUCGAUGGCACACAUGGUUUCAAUGGUGGUAGAGGGGGCGCUGGUGAUGGGGUCAGGGCCUUGCUAUGGUUAUUCCACCUGUUUAUGAAAUUAUGUCCUUUUCAUCCUUAUGGCCCAAUAAGUUUCCGUGGAUUGGCUAUUGAAUUUGGUCGAAAACUUGCAAGCAAGCACUUCUUCCAUCAUGUUCUUGAUGAGAACAUAUUCGAAGAUGGUAAUCACUUGUAUCGCUUCGUGGAUCAUGAUCCUAUUAUGUCCCAAUGUCAAAACAUCUCAAGGGGUAUAACUGAAAUGAAGCCAAAACCUAUAAUAGAAAUUUCAUCAAGGCUGAGAUUUUUGUCUUACGCAAUUUUUGAAGCCUACACAUCUGAAGAUGGAAAACAUGUUGACUACAGAAGUAUCCAUGGGAGUGAGGAAUUUGCAAGGUACUUGAGGAUAGUUGAGGAGCUACAAAGAGUUGAUGUCCAGGAUAUGCCCAGGGAGGAGAAGCUUUGUUUCUUUAUAAAUCUCCACAAUAUGAUGGCUAUUCAUGCAAUAUUGGUUUGGGGUCAUCCUGCUGGAGCCUUGGAGCGAAGGAAAUUACUUGGAGACUUCAAAUAUGUUAUUGGUGGGUGUCCAUAUUCACUUUCAGCUAUUCACCAUGGCAUUCUAAGAGGCAAUCAGAGGCCACCAUACAACCUAAUUAAGCCAUUUGGUGUCAAAGACAAACGUUUUAAGGUGGCUCUUCCUUACCCGGAGGCUCUUGUUCACUUCGCACUGGUUAGUGGUAACCGAUCUGGGCCUGCACUUCGAUGCUACUCACCUGGGAACAUUGAUAAAGAGUUGGUGGAGGCUGCUUGUAAUUUUCUAAGAAGUGGGGGACUCAUUAUUGAUUUGACUGCCAAGGUUGCAUCAGUCAAUAAGACACUGAAAUGGUACAGUGUGGAUUUUGGUAAGAAUGAGGUUGAGGUACUGAAGCAUGCAGCAAAUUACCUGGAGCCAGAGGAGUCUCAGGCUUUUCUGGAGUUGCUAGCCAACACUCAGUUGAAAGUGGUAUACCAACCUUAUGAUUGGGGAUUGAACUACUAG